UCCCCUCCCCCCCCAUCUCCAUCCCAGUCAGCCAAACGCCCAACACCACCUCGUGACUUCGUCCGCGGACCUUGCCUCGCGCUUCGACUCCCGCUCCGAUCUCCGGCCAUGGCCGCGCGGCGCCCCGGAUCCCCCGCCCCCAGAUGGCUGGCCCCCUCGACGCUCCUCCUCCUGGCCGCCGUCCUCUUCGCGGCCUCCCCGUCGGCGCGCGCCCUCCGGUUCGACCUCGAGUCCGGCCACACCAAGUGCAUCUCCGACGAGAUCAAGGUCGACUCCAUGGCCGUCGGCAAGUACAGCGUCGUCGCCCCCGACCCCAGCUACCCCGACGCCCAGCUCCCCGAGUCGCACCGCGUCUCCCUCAGGGUGACGUCGCCGUACGGGAACAGCAUGCACUACUCCGAGAACGUGCAGUCGGGGCACUUCGCCUUCACGGCGGUGGAGGCCGGGGAUUACCUGGCCUGCUUCUGGGCGCCUGACCACAAGCCGCCCGUCACCGUCACCUUCGAGUUCGACUGGAAGAGCGGCGUCACGGCCAAGGACUGGUCCAACGUCGCCAAGAAGGGCAAGGUCGAUAUGAUGGAACUAGAGCUGAAGAAGCUAGAGGAUACCAUCAAAUCUAUCCAUGAAGAAAUGUUUUAUCUACGUGAAAGGGAGGAGGAAAUGCAGAACAUCAACAGGCAGACAAACUCGAGGAUGGGGUGGCUGAGUUUCCUCUCGCUCGGCAUCUGCUUAUCCGUGGCAGGGCUGCAGCUGUGGCAUCUGAAGACCUUUUUCGAGAGAAAGAAGCUGCUGUAGUUCCCCCAUGAUCACAAACAAAUCGUUGCGAAUUAGGGUAUAUUGUUUCUGCCAGCUGUUAACCUAUGUUUCCAAGCGAAUAGUCGAACCAUCAGUAAGAAAGAAACCGUUGAUCAUCAUACUUGUGAAAUGCCUUUCUGUGCCCUAUCUUCUGCCCGAUCAAAUACAGUUGUAAAAUGUUUCCCCUUUUUUCUUGAACAGGGCUGAAAUGUUUCUGUUGAUGGUUUCA